UCCUCUUUACACAACAAUUUUGUAUACACCACUCAUUAGCCCCAACACCAUUAGCUGAAAUAUAGUUCUGGUAACAGGAGUGUCAUGGAAGUUUGAUGGAAAUUUUACUGCUGUAUUUACAUCGGAUUACAAAAAUGGUUUCUCGCUUAUUUAUCAAUGCAUUAGGCUGGUGGCCAGGGUCAAGGCUUCUGUCUACCCAGGUCAACCACCAAAACCUACUGGCCAUUAGAAAUGAGUUGGUCAAAUUUGAAGGUGGAUCUGUAGACCUAGAGAUGGAUGACAACACAGGCAUAGCCACAAUCCUGAUCAAUAACCCAGCCAAACGCAACUCCCUCUCAGGUAAAAUGAUGGUUGAAAUGGCAGAUCAUAUCACCCAGUUAGAAAAAUGGUCAAAAGGAAAAGGUUUGAUUCUCGUGGGUAAAGAUGGCCAUUUUUGUUCGGGUGGAGACCUAGCUUUUGUCAAACAAGCUUUGCAUUUUGGUGAGGAAAUGGCCGCAUUCCAGCACCAUACAUUGACCAGACUCUUGAACCUGCCACUUGUCAGUGUAGCACUUUUACAGGGCCACACAUUGGGUGGGGGUGCUGAACUCUCCACGGCAUGUGAUUUUAGAGUUGUCUCCCCAACUGCAAGAGUUGGCUUCGUCCAGGCCAAAAUGGGUGUGACCACAGGGUGGGGGGCGACCACAAGACUAGUCCACUUGCUGGGCAGGAAAAAGACAUUGGACUUGUUGUGUUCUGCCAGAGUGCUGUCUGCUGAUGAUGCCUUGAGGAUGGGCCUGGUAGAGCACAUCCUACCCCAUUCACUGACUGUCACUCAAGAGAUGGCAGAGUGCACAAGUUGGCUUGCAUCCAACUACUGUCAGUUUGAUGCAGACAUCCUGCAGGCCACUAAAUCUUCUGUUGUCUUCUCAGAUUUACACGCUGAUAUUUAUACCUCUUUAAGUAAUGAGCGGCAAGUAUUUAAACACUUCUGGGGUGGGCCUGCACAGAAAGCUGCCUUGGCAGCCAAAAUAAAACAUAAAUAAGACAAUGGUGCUAGUCAGCUAGUUCAUGCUUUGUUAUAUUUGUAAUGUAUUUAUGCCAGGUAGUAUUUUUUUUUUUAAUCUGUAGCUAGUGUAUAUCCCCUUCCGGGGAACAGGGCAUUUCCCCCACGUCCAUUACCCCCCACCCAGUAGGACAUCAACCCCCGGACAGGGUUAGGGUUAAACCAAUGUCUAGCGUUGGUUUUGGUUUUGUAAGUUUUAGGCUAUGGUGGAUGCUUAGGUUUUGGUCUAUUUUACAAGCUUUUAUUUAACUCACUUCCUUGUCAGUCUGUCUGUCUAGAUUGAAACGCCCGAGCGAAAUUGCAGGCACUUCUACCUAACAGAUAAGGUUCGUAGUUGGAACAUGGGUAAAGACAUGAAGACAAUGCAUCAUGACAUUAAAUUUGACUUAAUUAAAUGCCUAAUUAAUUUCUUAUGAAUUAAUUAAAAUUUUGACCAAAUUAGUAGGCAGAUCUAUCCAACUACUCCACACGCAUCAGCACGUUCAAUAGCGCGUCAUCACGCU